AAGAUGCGAGAGAUCAUAAAUCUUCAAGUCGGUUCGUGUGGAAAUCAAAUUGGAGGAAAGUUCUGGGAGGUGAUUUCGGACGAACAUGGCGUCGACCCCAGUGGUUGUUACCACGGUGACUCGGAUCUGCAACUUGAACGCAUUAAUGUCUACUACAAUGAGGCAUCCGGUGGAAAAUACGUCCCACGAGCUGUACUAGUUGAUCUUAAGCCUACAACUAUGGAUGCAGUUCGUUCCGGACCCUUUGGUUGCUUGUACCGCCCUGAUAACUUCGUAUACGGUCAAGGCGGAGCUGCUAAUAACUGGGCCAAAGGGCACUAUACUGAAGGCGUUGAGAUCUUAGAAUCGGCGCUUGAUGUUAUCCGACGUGAAGCAGAAGGCUGCGAUUGUAUGCAAGGCUUUCAAGUGCUCCAUUCACUAGGUGGUGGUACUGGAUCGGGCAUGGGGACGUUACUCAUCAAUCGUAUACGAGAAGAGUAUCCGGACCGUAUCAUCCUGUCAUUCUCCAUAUUUCCAAGUGCACGAGUUUCCGACUGUGUUGUAGAACCCUACAAUACAACACUAUCAGUAAACCAACUCGUAGAAAAUACUGACCAUACUUUUAGUCUAGACAACGAAGCCCUAUACGACAUAUGUUUCAGAACACUGAAGCUUACAACACCAACUUAUGGUGACCUAAAUCAUUUGGUCUGUGCUACUAUGUCUGGUAUAACGACCUGCCUCCGAUUUCCGGGACAGUUGAAUGCGGAUUUACGAAAGUUGGCCGUUAAUAUGGUGCCAUUUCCUCGCCUCCAUUUCUACACACCUGGCUUUGCUCCCUUAACAUCGAGAGGUGCUCAGCAGUACAGAGCUCUUACCGUACCAGAAUUAACAUUGCAAAUGUUUGACGCUAAGAAUAUGAUGGUUGCAUGUGACCCACGUCAUGGAAGGUAUCUCACUGUGGCAACGAUAUUUAGAGGCAGAAUGUCUAUGAAAGAGGUCGAUGAGCAAAUAAUGAAUAUACAGAAUAAGAACAGCACAUACUUUGUGGAGUGGAUUCCGAAUAACUGUAAAAUAGCAGUUUGUGACAUACCCCCACGUGGUUUGAAGAUGGCGUCAACAUUUAUUGGUAAUACAACGGCUAUACAAAUUGUUUUUAAGCGAGUAGCAGAACAGUUUGUCGCGAUGUUCAGGAGGAAAGCUUUCCUGCACUGGUAUACCGGUGAAGGAAUGGAUGAGAUGGAGUUUACAGAAGCGGAGAGCAACAUGAAUGAUCUCAUAUCAGAGUAUCAACAAUAUCAAGAUGCGACUGCUGAUGACGAAGGAGAAUUCGAUGAAGAAGCCGAAGGAGAGGAGGGAUUGGAGGAAUGAAUAUAUUUGGCGAAAAAUGUUUAUCCAUAAAAAUAAAAUAGUUUUCUAAUCUAAAA